AACGACACGUCGUUCUAGAAGCAAAGUGUGUCGUUCUGAAUAAAACGCGCUCACGUCUCUACGCGCCUUCUUCUUCUUCUUCUCUUCAAGACUUUCACUUUUUCUUCACCAAAAUCACUUCUCCGUCGUCUCUCCGAUUACGUCACCAAUUUUCCGAUCAAUGGACUACGAUUACCGGAAAACCUCAUCCUACGGCGCACAGAUCCCUCCCUACCGCCCCGCCGCGACUUCACAGCCGAUGUACGGGCCUCCACAGCCGUCGUCGUCGUUGUACCCCAGGGUCGGUCAACAAGGUCAAGCGCCGCUCAAUCCUCCCUAUCACGGCGGCGGCGGAGGUCACCGUCAUGUUCCUCACCACCAGACCGCAAUCGCUUCAGCUCCUUCUACCUCGGGAUUGGGCAUUCGUGUUGCGAUUAAGCCAGAGUAUCGGAUCACUCCUCCGCCUCAAUUGUCGACGCAAGUCGGAGACAUUCCCCGAAGCAAUUUCCAAUUUGACUUUGAUUUCGAGAGGAAAGUCUUGGCCGAAGCAGAGAAGGAAACUCCGAAUUGGAGCAAGCUGGGGCUGGACAACCUUCCGCCGCCUAAGGCUGCCGAGGCACCACCUUCUUCUUCUUCUUCGUCCACCUCGGGUUCUUUUGGUAAUCCUGUUGUGAGGAAGUACGUCGAUUCAGGGCUCAGCAGAAAUGUAGUACCUCGUGCAGUUGCUACUUAUGGAGACAAUCCUGAGAAGGUUCGGGAAUUUGUCAAUGGGUUCAACCAUUUACAUGAGAUGGGAUUUCCUUCAGACAGUGUUGCCGAUGCCCUUCUCAUGUAUGAUAAUGACAAGGAGAAGGCACUGGCCUAUCUAAUAAACAGUUCGUAAUAAGGCGGUGUCAUGCAGAAUUUGUGUUCUGUUUUACUCCUGUUAUUGUUGUCUACUCUGAUUGUAAAGAAUUGCUCUUGGACUUCACAUGCGCCAUAAUUCUGUCUUGAUUUCUAGGUUUGCCAUGUUGUGGUGGUGCACACUCGUGUGAUGUAUAUUUUGAGUUACAUACUGACAAUUGGCCAACACCCAUAUAAUCUUCGACGUUUUAGAUAAACAUGUCUGAAUGUACAAGUUCUAGACCUGUGCUUUCGUUUAUUUUGGGGAAUGUUAAGCUCUGGUGUUUCUUCUGUAGUUUCUCUUUUGGACUGGUCUUAUGGCCUGUACUUCGUAAAGAGGAGCUAGAAUUCUGUGUU